AUGACACUGACCGGCUUCAGAAACAAUUCAAGCUUAGAUCAAGAUAUAAGAACAAGACCAAGGAAACGAGCACGCGAAGCCAUCACCACAACUGGAACCACUUCGAACAUCGAUCCAACCAAUUCACCAUCUUCUUCUUCUUUAAAACCUCGUUCAAAUCCAACAGCUUCUCAUCCGCCAUUACGUAGAUUAUUCGCAUCUGUACCUUCACCUAUCUUAACUGAUAAAAGAUAUGGAAAUCUAUUAGAUCCACUCUUAUCAAACCUAUUAACAAUAAUCUCCAAACAAUUUAUUUUAAGUUGGUAUACACAAAUCUCACCUUUGAAAGAAAAUUCAAAACCAUUCAUCACAAGAGUCACACAAAUCUUAAUUCAUUUGAUCCGCGAAUUAGAACGUAGAUUGACGACUCUAGAUCCUAUUCAACUGCUUUUAUUUGAUUUACCUAGUUUGUUGAAUCGUCAUUUACUUGAUGUUCAAGAAACACAUCGUCGACUUUCAUUUCAACGUCAACGUGGUCUUGAACCAGACUCAACCUUUGAUGAAGUGUUUGUUCGGUUGAGACCUCAUCCUGGUGUCCAACUCACCACUGUGAUAGCCAGUACAAAUCGACAAGCCAACUCAUUUCUUUCUCCUCAAUUGGUCGAUCCUCUUCCAAACUUUCCAAACGCUCGAGCCUUACCUUCUCCAAUGUAUCUUAGGCUAUUGAUCGAAGCUUUGAUGGAACAAUUGUUACCUGCUGAAGAUUGGGCACCUGAAACUGAAAGAUUGAUCAUACGUGAAAUCAUUAUCAAUGUGAUUUUAGCACCAUUGUUUUGUAAAUUAAGUGAACCUGCCACGAUUUAUAGUUUAAUUGCAGUCCAUCUACCAUCAACUGAAGACGAUCCACCACCCACCUCACCUGCUUUGGCUUCUCAAGUCAUUCCACCUAUCUCCUUACCGAGUCGAAUAUUAGGAUUCUUACAUCGAAUCUUCCACUUCCUACUUCUCUUACCAUCACUUUAUCAAUCACUUACUCAACUUCCACCUAUCGGAACAAGACGUGAUCCUACACUCUUCGAACCAAGUCUUUCACUCUUAGCCACUCUUCUCGGUGCUAAUCAACAAACUCAUGUUCGUCAACUAUGUUGGAUCUUGAGCCUUUUCUUACGCAUGUUUCAAAUUAUCCUUACAAGGUUAUUGGUUCAUUUGUUUUAUACGAAUAUAAUCAGUCCAAUCUCACUCUCAAAUCUGAUCGUACAAAUCACCACAAUCCUUGAACAGACAACCGAUCCAAACCAACCAAACCAAGAAGAACAAUCAGACGAAAAGAUAGAUCUUAAGAUCUUGAGAGAAGAAGCGAAAAAAUCAAUCGAACAUCAAAUCCCAACUCAAUGUUCUCAAUUUUGUUCACCAUCAGGAAUUGCUGAAAACCUUUUACACGGAGUCGAUCAACAAACUUCUAAUGUGUUUUUGAUGUUUGAUUUCUUUGAACUUGUGCUGGUUAAGAUGUUUCCUGAAUUAGCUGAAUGGGAUGAAGAUUUAAACUUGGAUUGA